AUGACAUACGACAUCUUCAAACCUCAUUGGUCCAGGUACCUUGGCCCCAACUCUCCCGAUCCCCACAAAGACAAGUAUCUGUCUCACGACGAAGCUAUAUUCUCAUCACCUUUUGGCCCAUUUCCACCGACACCAGACGACCUUAAUAUCCACGAACUUUGCUUUCCGCCAAACAAUCCAUUGCCUGAAGACUACCCGCUAUUCAUCAACGCCGUCACAGAAGAAGUCGUCACACUUCACAGCUUCUACGCGCGGGUAUGUGCAUUGGCGCGUGUCUUCAGAUAUGAUGGACCAAACCCGAUAGGUCUGGGAAAGAGCCCAGUGGAUGACAAAGAAGAUGGCGAGAUCCUAGCGCUGUUCUCGCGAAAUCACCUGCAUUACCCGAUGGUAGCGCACGCAUGUUUUCGAUCGGAGUUGGUUUUUGGAGGAAUCAGUCCAGCGAGUACGCCAUAUGAGCUAUGGUGGGUAUUGAGGAAGAUGCAAAUUACGAGUAUCAUGUGUCAUGAAACGCUGCUGCCAGUAUUGAACGAAGCGCUCAAGCUAGGGUCUGGUGACGGCGACAAUCUGCCCCUCAAGCUCAAGUUAAAUCCUCAGAAAGUCAUAGUACUGAGCGAUGAUCCUGGACUUGACACUGUAUCAGGACACCGUACCAUCGAGUCGCUUGUAAGAGAAGGUUCGCACUUGCCGGAGCGACCACGGAAGCUACUUGGAGGAAACCGCAUGGCAUAUCUGUUCCAGUCUUCAGGAACCUCCGGCCUACCCAAGGCAAUGAUGAUCACACAUAGCAAUGGCUAUCACUCCGGGAUGCAGACGCUUAUCACCGCCGUACAAGCUGCGUGUUUCGCAGGAGACGAGCCGUUGACACCCAUCACUAUGCUCGGCGUGAUACCGAUGUAUCACUCGUACGGCAUGAUCAUCUGGAUCCUUCGUGUCAACAUGAUCAGACAAACUAGCAUUAUGCUGCCAAAAUGGGACCUCGAGCUCGCUCUAAAGAGCAUACAAAAGUACAGAAUUACCCAUCUUCCGCUCGUACCACCUCUAGUUCGUCAACUCGCUCAAAGUCCAUUGACUGAGAAAUAUGACUUGAGUUCCGUACUUGGCGCAUCGAGCGGAGCUGCAUAUCUGCCACCGGAUGUCGCAUACCAACUAGCCAAGAAGCUACCACAAGGCGCGGAAAUGCCAGUACCAAGUGGUUAUGGCCUCAGUGAAGCAGCCAGUAUUGCGAGCCCGGCUGCGCAUGGUAUCUUCGGAUUGGAGCCUGCGUUGCCUGGCAUGAUUGGUUAUCUACUUCCAGGUAUGCAAGCUCGGGUCGUAGACCCUGAUACGCUCAAAGACGUACCCAAGGGUGGGAAAGGCGAACUUUGGGCUAGUGGAGCAGUCGUCACCCCCGGCUACUUCAAAGACGCCAAAGCCACAGCUGAUAUCUUCACCGAGCCUGGCUGGUUGCGCACGGGAGAUCUGGUGAUGCGCGACGAGCGAGACCGUAUCCAUUACCUGGAUCGUCUGAAGGAGAUGAUUAAAGUCAAAGGUCUACAAGUUGCUGCCACUGAGGUUGAGGAUACAUUGCUCGAUCACCCAGAAGGUCUUGUGCGCGAUGCAUGUGUAGCAGGCGUCGAUAACGGUCGCGGUGAUGGUUCUUUGUUCGUCAGAGCAUGGGUUGUACUUACUACUGAGGGACAGAAGCAGGCAGAGGAAACCGUUUCAAAGAAGCUACAUCAGUGGGUCGAGGGACGCCUGAGUCGACACAAGUGGCUAACUGGCGGUAUUGAGAUUGUUGAUUCAAUACCCAGAACCCCUUCAGAUCCCACGACAGACUUCUGGAAGAAUUCAAGAUGUCCAUCCGCAGCCGAUCGUGAGGUUGGUUUGCGUAAUGUUGAUAGUGACGACGUGUACAAUUCCGUCGAACUUUUCUUUGAGUUCUUCUUCGCUCAUGUCUGCUUGCUGACGCAACUUGCGAAGGUCGCGUACCCUGAUUGCGGCGUUGUGCUGAUUCUGGCGCUUCGCGAAAACAUCGCUCGCAAGAUGCUUGACCUCAAUCGUGAGAACGGGAAAGAAAAGCUGCUUGUCGCCCUUGAGUGGAAGAAAAAGCGAGAUUCCUUGUCCACGCAAGUACUUAUUGCGUAG